AGAGUCAAGCAAUACAAGUCUGCAUCUGAGCCAGUGAGGUAUUUUGCAUAGUAUUGCGACGCCUGUUUGUGCUUUAAAUGAGGAACUGUCUACGUCAUACAAUUUGAUGAGCCAGGCAAAUUUGGUUAUUUACUCCAACGUCAGGAAGCCGUGGCAGGACCCGAUAUUAACAAGCAACGAGGCUGCGUUCGCGUUUAGCCGUGCAUAAAAUCAACCCUGAAUAUUAUUCCGUCUGUGUGUAUCGUUUGACGUGGCUGUCGGUCGGGUAGGUGGAUGAAGGAAUAGCUGGCUACUGAGACCAAGGGGGGGAUCUCCUCUCUUUGCAGGCGUCGUCGGUUGGAUGUGGAGGCGGUUAUCCUCGGCUGGUUCCCAUGGAAAUAAGACACUUCUGAAGGCAUUUUUUUUUGUGUUCUCGAUGCGGAUCGAUUUCUAGGGAGUUAUUUGCCAGCUGUUUGAUAUAAUUCUGAUCUGUUGGAUUCUUAACUGAUCAUAUUUGGCAGUGACGCUGAGCCUCGUUGAGCCAUUCCUCAGUCAUGGAUCAAGUUGGGCACAUCAUACUACGGAAGCUGAUGGAGGGUACGGAUUCAGCCGCUGUGCCGGCUCAGGAUGCUCAAGCCGCUGAGUCAAUGGCAGGUACCAGUGCACCUGGUGGUGGAGGGGUAACAGAGGGGGGAAAGAGUGGCACUGUACUUAAUCAGUUUGGAGACAAAAUUAUGGAAGAACUUAAUAAACUACCACUGCCAAUGUGGGCCAUCAUCGUGAUCGCUAUCGUCGCUGGCCUCUUGCUGCUGUGCUGCUGCGGCUGCAUCUGCGUCAAGUGCUGCUGCAAGAAGAGGAAGAAGAAGGAGGGCAAGAAGGGAUUGAAAGGUGCAGUGGACCUCAAGAGUGUCCAAAUGCUAGGGGCUGCCUACAAAGAAAAGGUUCAGCCGGACGUUGAAGAUCUCGAUAAUGGCGCAGAUGAAGACGGUGACACAGACUCUGUAAAGUCAGAGAUCAAACUCGGAAAGCUUCAGUUCUCACUGGACUACGACUUCCAGGAGGGAAAGUUGAACGUCUCGGUGGCUCAAGCGGCCGAUCUUCCAGGAAUGGACUUCUCAGGGACGUCUGAUCCGUACGUCAAAGUGUACCUCUUACCAGACAAGAAGAAGAAAUACGAAACCAAAGUCCACCGGAAGACGCUCAACCCGGUGUUCAAUGAAACCUUUACAUUCAAGGUUCCAUACAGCGAGAUUGCAAGCAAAACGCUGGUGUUUGCCAUCUUUGACUUUGACCGCUUCUCACGGCACGAUCAGAUCGGUGAAGUGAAGGUCAAACUAAGCCAAGUUGAUCUGGGGAGCGUCGUGGAGGAGUGGAGGGAUCUUCAGAGUGCUGAAGUGCCUGGAGGCGAGGGCAAGUCGGAACUUGGUGACAUUUGUUUCUCGCUACGCUACGUGCCGACAGCCGGAAAACUGACCGUUGUCAUCUUAGAGGCCAAGAACUUGAAGAAGAUGGACGUUGGUGGACUGUCAGAUCCAUACGUUAAGAUCUCGCUGUACAUGAACAACAAGAGAAUGAAGAAGAAGAAGACCACGAUUAAGAAGAGAACACUCAACCCGUACUACAAUGAGUCAUUUGGGUUUGAGGUACCCUUUGAACAGAUACAGAAAGUCACCCUGGUCGUCACCGUGGUGGAUUACGAUCGCAUGGGUAGCAGCGAGCCAAUCGGCAAGUGUGUAAUGGGGUGCAACGCCACCGGGGCAGGGCUUCGUCACUGGAGCGACAUGCUUGCAUCACCGCGACGGCCCAUCGCUCAGUGGCACACACUGCAAGACAUGGAUGAAGGGAAGUAGAGACACAGGCUUACUGCCACUGUUGUUAGCAUUUACAAAGAUGUAGAAUAAGGAAAACUUAUAUAUGGUACUGUUUAUCCACCUGCCACUUAAUACAGAUUUUUAAAGUCUAAGGUACGGACACGUGUCGAGUCAAUCCCUCUGUGCUGUCACGGUUAAUAUGGGGGCUAAUAUAUAAUAUAGUGAGACGAGAACCCAGAACUGUGUUUAACUAGUCAAUAUUAGGUACCCGGUAGUUGGCGAACACUUUAUUGUUUACAGUCAAUCGCAAUAUGGGCAUACUCAUGGUUUUAUGUGACAAGUUCCAGAUUGUUGGAGAGUGCGUGGAGCAUUGUAGUAAAAAGUCAUUGUCUUGUGUCAGUGUUUUUCCCUGCAUGUCGAACGUGAAUGGCCCGUGAUUAUGCCCUACUCGAGCUUGUUUUAUCCCAUGUCACUGAAUCAGUCAAAGGUGGUAAAAAAAACCUUCAUUCAAAAUGGAGGAAUCUUGAAUCUUUUCUAAAUUUGUAUUCCACGUAAAAAGAAAAAAUAAUAAUAUGAAUACUAACAUUUUCCACAUGUAACUUCCUUUUCAGUACUAUAUUCAAAAUCCAAAGACUUCAUUCAAAGACUUUAAUUUAUUUUUUUUCAUUAAUUUUUUUUUUACUUGGAAAUUAUUUGUGGUAAUAUUUUGUCUCUGGCAGUGAUUAGUUUCCAAAUGGUUAUCAGUUAGGAGGGUUUUGACCAAGAAAGUUGCAUCGCUCAAGAGUUAAACCGGUGUGUUUCCUACGGGUUAGUUUUCCAGAGCGCAGAUCAACUUGACUUGGGACAUUAUUGUACCCACAAGUAAAGACCACGCAAAUCCUGACUCCCUAAAAAAUAGUAUUCACAGCAACUUGUUUUCAUUUUAUCCCUGGGAAUUUGUUUGGUUAGACGCGUCAAUUUCUUUUCCAUAACAUGUUGAUAUUCAGAGGAAUUACAUCAAAUCUGUUAAUGUAUUUAUUUUAUGACUCGCAAGAUAAUAAUUCCAGUUGUACUCACUGACCAAACUUCUACACUCCAUUCCAUGCUUUUAGUAAUUCCAACCCUGUACAUUCCUCUACUGGUUUUUACAAUUUUUGAAGCCAAUAUCAUGAAUGAGUUUGGGUUCUUAUGGUGACGCCACAGUUACAGGUUAAAGUCAUGAAGCUGUUCUACGUGUAAGGGCAAUAAACUUGCUUAGUUAAAUGAAGUCUUGCUAAGCAGCAAUGGGUUACCAGCCAAAAGUCAUGUAACAUGCAUGCUAGUGACUGGUUUUCUGAUAACUAAUGUUUAAUGAUGAUAGAGUAAGGUAGCUUCUAGCAGGCAUGAUAUUCUUCCUCCUAUCUGAAAACUCAGUUAAAGCAUUGCACAUGUGUACAAGGUCGGCUUUUGUACCAAACAAAAAUUCACCAAAUUAUCAUGCCUGAGAAAAAGGAGCGGUAAAACUUAUGUCAAUGCAACUUUUCAAGGAGCUGCCUCUGGAGUUGAAGGCAUGCUCUGCCAGUCAUGCAGAGUUCAUUUAAGGGUAUUGGAACAGUGUCUGCUUUCACAAAGGAACAAUUACAAAAAUUGAAAAUUGUCAGGUGCAGAAGAGCUUGUAAAGCCUGUACUGAACAACACCAGACUAGACUCUCUGUGAACUAUAUUACAGAAUGUUAUGUAGAUACAAAAUAUUUAAAAGAAACCUUGUGAGUUUGUUUUAUUGUAGGAAACUGUAUAUGUGUUGAAAUAUAUUAUAUUUUUGUGUACCUGUGCUCGAGUUUUUAGUUUGAUAUUUAAGAAUAGUUUACAUAGGGUAGCUGUCUGAAGAUUAGUGCAGUACUUUUCCCAUGCGUGUAAUUUACCCGUACAGAUCGGUAUGAGAACUGAACUCUGGGCGACGUGUUUCAGAGUUUGAGUAAAGCAGGAUGUGAUUUUUUUUAAACCCCCAAAUAUUUCCAGUUCAUUGUAACGUUGUAAAAAAAAAGAAUUAUAGACUCAGCGGGCACAACAGCAUGGUGCUGUUUAGUUUUGAUGUAUACGAGAAGGUUUAUGCCCUUAUGUACAUCAUUAUCCCCUUAAAAAAAAGGGCCAGCACAUCUACAUGUAUUUAAAACUGGAGAUUGCAAAAUGGAGGUUGCCAAGUGUUUUCUGUAGGUGUUCAAUGGAAAGUCACUGUAGGUUAUUUCAUAACUAAGAGCAGACUGGGAAAACGGGUUAUUUUCUGCAAGUCCUCAAAUGAGCUUGGUGUUUUUGAGAUCACCCAAAUGUAAUGUAAAGCACAUUCAUACAAUUUAAUUCGGUGAAAUUGAAACCAAAUUCUGUUGAAAUUAGAAAAAAAGCUUUUUAUUAUCGCUAUUGGAGUCUAUGAAAAGGGAAGGGGGGCUUGGGGGAUAGGGGGGGACAUUACAAAGUUUAUGUUAUUUCAGUACAUUCGUGUAAUCGAGAAGAAGUACUAGGAAGUUUCAGCAGUGGCGUACCAUGCCAAAAUAAAAAUAAGAAUAUUCUGUGUAGAACUGCUGUAAAUUUGAAAAACUCCACCGUUACCAGUGUGCUGGAGUUUUUUUUUUGUUUUUUUUUGACAGGGGAGCUGUUGAGAUUUAUACCUAUUUUGUCAACGGCUUUCUGUCAUGAAAUAGUUUCGGAAAGUGCUGCUGAUUUUUCUUCUUUCUUAUGAAUUUCUUAUUUUGUCAAAAAGGGGAGAAAGUGAUCAUAUAAUGUUUUUCUUCUUCUCAUUAAUAAAAAGUAGUUAAAUUGGUUGUGUCAUUUUUUUUUUGUCAAACGGCUGGACGAUAUUGGGAAGGGACUUCGGUGGAAACAUGCGAGGCAAACAAAAGGACCAACAAAAUAAAUAAAAUGUUUAAAUUGUAUGAUUUUAAAAUGUGAUUUUAAAAUGAAAACAUUUAUGGUCACACACACGCUCCUAAAUUAGCAACAUAUCUUUUCCAGAGAAGAUCAAUUGUGUCAAAAAUAAUGAAUUUCUUUGGAAUUUGAAAUGCUCUUUUCUGCUGGAAUUAGUAUACAAAAUGUAGGAGAAAACAACAUACAAA